AUCGCGAGAUUUUGUGACGGGACGUGCACGUUGACGCCUGCGUGGGUUGGUUGUCGCGUGCUAGCCGCACAAUCCUUUUUUUUUUUCCUAACUUAAGCUGCGUUUCUGUGUCAUUUGCCUCACGUUUAAGCGGCGAUACGAAGCUCAGCCAUCAUGAGCAUACUCGCCAAAAUAGCAGAGAUUGAAAAUGAGAUGGCCAGGACGCAAAGGAACAAAGCCACCGCUCACCACUUGGGUCUGCUCAAAGCACGUCUGGCCAAGCUAAGGAGGGAGCUCAUCACACCAAAGGGAGGCAGCGGUGGCGGCACUGGAGAAGGUUUUGACGUGGCAAAAACUGGCGACGCCCGUGUUGGCUUUGUGGGUUUUCCUUCAGUGGGCAAGUCGACAUUGCUGAGCAACCUGGCAGGGGUCUACUCCGAGGUUGCCGCCUACGAGUUCACCACCCUCACAACGGUACCUGGAGUCAUUCGCUACAAAGGAGCAAAAAUCCAGCUUCUGGAUCUCCCUGGAAUCAUUGAAGGGGCGAAAGAUGGCAAAGGCAGAGGCAGACAAGUUAUUGCAGUGGCUCGAACUUGCAACCUCAUCUUGAUAGUGUUAGAUGUGCUGAAGCCUCUUUUGCACAAGAGACUGAUAGAACACGAGCUGGAGGGCUUUGGCAUCCGACUGAACAAGCAGCCGCCCAACAUCGGCUUCAAGAAAAAGGACAAAGGCGGCAUCAACUUUACAGCCACCUGUGCACAAAGUGAGCUGGAUGGGGACACAGUGAAGACAAUCUUGUCAGAGUACAAGAUCCACAAUGCCGACAUCACCCUCCGCAGCGAUGCCACUGCAGAUGACCUCAUCGAUGUUGUGGAGGGAAAUCGGGUGUACAUCCCUUGCAUUUAUGUACUGAACAAAAUCGACCAGAUCUCUAUCGAGGAGCUUGACGUCAUCUACAAGGUCCCGCAUUGCGUGCCCAUCUCAGCCCACCACCGCUGGAACUUUGACGACCUGCUGGAAAAGAUGUGGGACUACCUCAAGCUCGUACGCAUCUACACUAAACCCAAAGGGCAACUCCCCGACUACACGUCCCCCGUUGUCCUGCCCGACCAGCACACCGCCGUCGAGGACUUCUGCCUGAAAAUUCACAAGAACCUCAUCAAAGAAUUCAAGUACGCACUGGUGUGGGGAUCGUCUGUCAAACACAACCCUCAAAAAGUUGGCAAGGAUCACGUGAUGGAAGACGAGGAUGUUAUUCAGUUGGUGAAGAAGUAAGAGUAAUUGGGCAAGGCGGGAAAAAAAAAUGUGCAUGGAUGGCUCCAGUAUCACAAACCCAAAAACAAGUCAUCAUAGCAUCUGUUGUGUGCUCGUCGCUGUUAUUUUUAAAAUGAAUGACAUGGAUGUACAUGUCACAUGGAAAUACUUCAACACCAUGAUUAGUUCAUAUUGAAUAUUGGUUAACGCUUGUAUUGAAAUGGAAACAAAAUAUAAAACAAUAAAAGAGCGAGUCUAAGAACUUUGUAAGACA